AUGCCCUUGGAGUUCCACAAAGAAAACACUGUCACUAAUGACCUGGUUUUUGAUGGCUUUGAUGAUGAAGAUUACAUUGAUUUUGAUAAGAUCCUGGCUGCAGGCAGUGAUGACUACCUAGACAACAUUGACAUCUUUGCCGAACCCUCUGACCCAAAGAUUCGCCGUGCCAGACUCCUACGGCUGUUCAGUGGUCGGUCUCGCCUCCAGCGCCUCAACAUUGUCAAUGCCGUUUUUGGUUUUAACCUCUAUCGAAGUCUUCGAAACAGCGUCAACCAGACUGACAACAUCCUGCUUGCACCUGCCGGGAUCUCAAUCGCUAUGGGGAUGAUGUCUUUAGGGGCAGGAUCUGGAACCCAUGAUCAGAUCUACAAAGUCCUGGGAUUCGCUGAAUUUGUCAAUGCAAGCAGUCACUAUGACAACACAACAGUGCACAAGCUCUUCAGGAAGUUGACACACAGGCUCUUCAGGAGGAACUUUGGUUACACGCUGCGCUCCGUAAAUGAUGUCUAUGUAAAGAAGGAUGUCUCGGUAAAGGAUACUUUCCGUGCAGAGACAAAGGCUUAUUACUUUGCAGAGCCGCAGUCAGUGGACUUCAGUGAGCCUGCCUUUCUGGACAAGGCUAACCGUCGCAUCCUAAAGCUGACAAAAGGACUGAUCAGGGAACCACUGAAGAGUGUGGACCCAAAUAUGGUGCUGAUGCUGCUCAACUACCUGUACUUCAAAGGUACGUGGGAGCAGAAGUUUCCCAAAGAACAGACUCACUAUCGCAACUUUCGUGUUAACGAAAAGACAAAUGUUCGUGUGCCAAUGAUGACCAACAAAGGGAACUACCUGGCUGCUGCUGACCAUGAACUAGAGUGUGACAUCCUACAGCUCCCUUAUUCAGGAAACAUCAGCAUGCUCAUUGCCUUGCCUAGGAAGAUCACUGGCAUGAGGACCUUGGAACAGGACAUCUCCCCCACUGUUGUCAACAAGUGGCUCAAAAACAUGACAAACAGGACCCGUGAGGUGGUGUUACCUCGCUUUAAACUGGAGCAGAACUAUGACUUGAUUGACAAUUUGAAGGAGAUGGGCCUCACUGACUUGUUUCAGGAGAACGGAGACUUCACUGGAAUGACCUCUGAAAAGAUUGCCAUGAACUGGCUGAAGCACCAGGGAACCAUUACUGUGAAUGAAGAAGGGACUGAGGCUGCUGCUCUGACCCAGGUGGGCUUCAUGCCUCUCUCCUCUCAGAUACGCUUCACCGUGGACCAUCCCUUUCUCUUCCUCAUCUACGAGCACCGCACAGAUUGCCUUGUGUUCAUGGGUCGUGUGGUCAAUCCUUCACAGAGCUAAACUUGACUAAAAGCUCCCGCUAAAA